CUGGCUUCCAGCGGCAACACUGCAUUUAACCACUGACUUUGGACUUCAAAAGUAUGAAAACAUCCCGUUUCAUGCAUUAUUCAGUUUCAACUCUACACACCAUUAAAAGAGACGUGGUUGCAUCCAAAAGAGUGUGCUUACUGUCAUUGGGAUAGAGUUUACGUUGGACUUUAUGUCUUCAUGAUUAAAUGCAUCUGCUCUGCUAUGUUUGGUUGAUAUGGAACAGCCUCCCAGCAACUCGGAUGGUUUCCAGCCUCAGGAUCUUUCCUCCACCUGCAGCCUACCCAAUGUCUUUGAUCUGUCGAAGAAUGGUGAAGAAUGUCUGUUGAAAGCGAAUCCUUUGGAUGCCUUGCAUGUCAUCCAGACGCCAGGCUGGUUUGUUAGUCCUGGGACCAGUAAUGGGUUGUUACUUCCAGAGAACGACUCUGAUCCAUUGCCACUCCCCCCAGACCAGAUCCAACCGGACACCACGUUUUCUAACACCACUGUCACGCUCUCGUACGUCAGCAGGUCACAGGUUUUCUCCAACCCCAACGCCCUUUCAGAUCAUUCCCCAAUUUAUGAUGUUCCACCCUUAAGCAAGGCUUUUGUUCUACAUCCUCCUACCAAGCUAGCAGCAGACACAGGAGAUGCAGCUCUGUCAUUGGAUAUGGACCAACACUGCCUCCAACAGGUCUCCUUACCUGUAGGACUAACAGCCUGUGACCAAUUCGGGUUCAUGUCCCCAGCUCAGGUUGUUGAAAACGUUGCCGCAUUGUGCUACCUUCAACAGCACCCUGAUUUAAGUGGCUUGCAAGAUGUUGAAAAUAUUGCUUUAGAAACACUCAAAUCUUUACAACAGACCAGCCCUGCCGAUUGUAGGUUUCCUAUCAACGUGGAUGAACUUCAAAACGGAGCUGCUAAUGGUUUAUGGAAUGUUGUAACUUUUGAGGAUGGCUUUACGGAAAGGCACACUGCAAACGUGGAGGGAUUACACAGAAACGGCAACCCUGAGGUGGUCUUUCUGAUCUCUAGAUCUGAAGAGCCGGUCAUGCUACUGAACAACCAGGGCCCUACGAGUUUUCCGGUAUCAUUAAACCAAGACUUCAUUAGUCCGUUAGAUCCAGCCUCACCACCCGCCGCCUCAGUGGAUGAGAUAGAUGAUGUUUUCUCUUUGGCACAGGCGUCAAGUUCUCCAAGUGGAGAAAAUUCUGUUGGCAGAGAAACGAUUGAUGCCGAGCAAGAACGUUUAAGCAGAGAGGAGUUUGAUCCCAAAACAUCUGACGUGGAGAAGAUGGAUUCACAUCCUGUAUCAGAAUUUAUUACCAGCACUAAUGAGAAACAUUCAGGGAAUACUGACAAAGCAUGCCACACUGAACCUGUACAGGUCAAUGCUAUUUCUGAAGGAAAAACAGACACACUUGAGACGACCAGAGGGUCGCUCACCAAAAAGAUGACGUUGGAAAGAAAAAAACUGCCCCCGAGAGCUAGGAGAGGGAUGCGAUUAGGAGCCAUUGUUCAAAACAUCCGCCCCGCCAGGUACAAAUCAAGUCACGUCACCAACAUAAAAAAAGUUCAGGCAAGCAAGAUUUCCCAUCUAGAUGUGUCAUCCAUCAAGAAAAACCAGCACAUGCUGGAAAGAGUUUGCACUGCGGCAGUUGAAUCUAAUGACAAGACCACAGUGCGUUUACAAAAAGAAGAAACUAAUGACAAGACCACAGUUCGUUUACAAAAAGAAGAAACAGAUGUCAUAGUUUCACCCAGAUGUAAAACCACAGUAUCUACCUCUUGUUCCAAAAACAAACAUGUUCCUAAACCUUCAUUGGAUCACAAACCUACAAAGACUUUUCACAAAGACGUACUGUUUGGUUCCAAAAAGAGACUGCCAAAGAAAGUUUUUAAAAAGCCCUUAGUGGGUAUGGGGAAUCUUAACUCAUUACCAACACUCCAAACCUCUCGAAAAAGUAGUCUGAAACCAAUUUUGGGUCCUGCCGCCGCGAACAAACCUCAUGCGUCCAAAAGGAAAAGACAGAAACCCAAGGUUGGCCACACUUCCCUUUUUGUGCCCCAGGAACCAGAAAUUAAACUGAAAUGUUUGAGUUACAAAGGUGAAAGAAAGGACGUGCGCAACGACACCUUCGCACCAUACGUGCAUCUGGAGCUCCAAGAUAUCCCAUCUUGUACAGUUGUCAACUAUCCUGAAGAAAGCUUCAGACUCAAGCAUGGAAAGCGUCAUGUGACGGCCGGCUCAGUGUCCGUUGUGGUUCCUGUAUCUCCUUGUUUGCAGUAUGGACGAGUGUCGAUGGAUGGCACGCAGCGGGGCGCUCUAGUGUGCUGUCUCUGUGGAGGCUCCGCCAAUGCCAUGGAGCUUGGUGACCUGCAUGGGCCAUAUUACCCGGAGGGGUUCAAGUCUGCCUCAAAGACUCUUUCCAGUCUACAGGAGAAUGAGGAGGAUCACAGUGAUUCCGAUUCAUUUUUUUGUCCUAAAAGAGGGAAAUGGGUUGGAAGCCGUUGGACUAGAUCUUUGCACAAGCUGUCAGAGUCUGCUGCUUUGAUGGCUUGUCAGAGGUGGAGCAGUGACAGUGAGCUGUCAAGUAGUCCUAAUGUUAAGCGACAAGGGGGGGACGUCGGCAUCGAUUGGUACAGUCCGCCCGUGGUUCCUCUGGACGGUAGCGAGUACUGGCUCCAUGAAGACUGUGGCAUAUGGUCAGCAGGUGUCUUUCUGGUUAAAGGAAAGCUGUAUGGACUUGAAAAUGCUUUCAAGUUGGCUAAAGUGUCGAUUUGUUCAACUUGUCAGAAUAAGGGGGCAACAUUGGGGUGUGUUUUCAAAGGCUGCCCCAACAAAUAUCACUUCACGUGUGCAAUGCAGUCAGGUUGUGUAUUAAAUGAAGAAAAUUUCUCAAUGAAAUGCAGAAAGCACAAGAAUAAAUUCAUCAAAUGAGAAAGAGGAUGCUAUGCAAGAGUGAUGUUGACCUCUUCAGCUCUAUUGGCGUCUUCCUGUGAGUAUGCCAGUCUUCAUGAGACCUUCAGAAUCUCUCUGUUGCAAGAAAAGCCUCUUCAGAAUGCCAACACCCAUAUACCUUAAUGGUUUUUCUAUUGCACUGUUUAUCACAUCUGUCACUGUCACACAAAUGGCACUUUGUAAGACUGGCACUAUUGAUAUUGUAUUGCGAGAUUGUGAUGUUUGGGGUGAAUUGCACAUUUAGGGGCUAAAGCAAAAUGCAAAUCCUCUAAACCUACAGCACAAGGUCAGUGUCCUAGUUUUAUUUGUUUUUGUUUUUUUUAAUGUAUGUAUCUUAUUUAAAUUUGGGGCAAAAUCAUUCUUAUUAUUUUGUUGCAAAUUAUAGUUACGAGACCAUAUUGUUCAUUGUUAAUUUAUGAAGAAAAUGAACUGGAUUUUAAUAUAUCUAAAGUCCCUGAUGUCAUAAUAGGACACAGCAGAUUGAUUGAAGAAGCUGAAGUGAAGGACAAGAAAUGACAUGUUUUUCUUCCAAGAAAGUUAUAGAACCCGUGUAUAUUUAGGUACAUGAAAGCACUUUGUAAGGGCACAAGAGGUAGACAUUUUUCCUUUUAGAAAAUGAGUUUUGACUUAAUUUAAUUCACAUGCCCCUAAAAUACUUGUCUCUACCAGUUUCUGUUAGACAUCCCUACAAUAUAACCACAUUAACACACCAAGACUGAAGUCCAAGAUACAUUUUGUACAAGUGUUAACAUGAUGUAGUUAUGUUCAUUUUCAUCAAAUGUAUAAUAAAAAAAAUGCAAGCAUCUAGUUUCAUACUAAAUAUUGUGUUAUAGUUAAACUGAAUUUUGAUUUGGGUUACUAACUUUUUAACCACACAGUGGUGGUGAUUUUGUUGUUGGUUCUAUGCACUUAAUGCAGUUUCUUGAUCUUAAUACACCCGGAUUAGGUAAUAAAAGCCAUCUGCAAUAAAUGGGCUUUUUCUGUACCUUCCAUCUGUAGGUAAGUCGUCAUCAAUUUUAAACAAGGAAGUUUUCAUUUGAUUAAAAAUAUUAACAUUUAGCACUUUUGUAUGAGCAGUAAUCUCCUGCUCAUUCUAUGGUAGUAUCUACUAUAAAACAAAGAGAACUGGGUCGUUGAGUUAAGUAAAUCUUUUGAUUUUGAAGCAUCCUUGAACAAAAGCAUAUCUUUCAACAUUUCUGUGUUCAAGAUGUAUUAAUGGGGAUUUUGUUAAAGCAUAAUUCUGUUUUCCAAAGAUUGUGUUUCUGUGUGUUUUGUCUCUUUUGUUGCUGCUUUGCUAAGACAAAUCAGUUUUCUUAUAAUUUUCUUGAAUACAGGAUGCGUUUCAUUGAAUUAAAUGAAAUUCCAAGAUGCAUUGUGUGAAUGUUGUGAUGCAUCAAACAGUCAUUGUUUGUGUCCACAGGCUAUUCAAAUGUCAAUUGUGCUCAGUUCAGGACUGACGUGAAAUCUCUGCCAUUUACAACCUGAUGUACAUUGGCAGCUGAUGAUGUGUGGGAUGGUCAAAUCACACAAUGUAUAUUGUAUAUCAUCUCUGUUUGUGUAUCUGUGUGCCAUACUUAGUUCCCGAUUGUAUCUGUUCAAAUUUUGUGCAAAUGUCAUUUCUUUUUUGUGAAUGGACUCUCAUCUUACUAUCAAAACAAAUGUACCAAAAAGUUUUUUUUGAGUGUUUUUCCUUUCAAAUGUUAUGUAAUCUCAGGGCUAAGAAGGGUUGUUUUGCAUUGUUGUAGACAUUCUUACCCCAAAAAUUAUUUAUCCAUAACUGACUUAGCCCAGUUGGUCCGUGUAAUAAAUUGGCUUGUUUUAUUUUGCCUAGCAAACUGUCAAACUCUCAUUGUUUGCUAAUACAGUGUUGUUCUCCUGCUAAAUGAGGCAGACUGGGGUUAGUUGUCACACAGGCAAUACAGUAUGUCACAAGGGUGGUGAUUCUACCAAUUACACAAAUGUAUUUUCUCAUGCAGUGGUAGUGGUAGUGCAGUGCAGUUUGCUUUAAAACCCUCUUUGAUUAAACGUAAUUCAAAUUAAACUUUAAUUAAACCUCUUUAAUUUUUACAUUAAUUCUCCAAUAAUGUAUUUUGGUAUAAGUUGUUUAGUAAAUAAGACAAUGAACUCAGGAACAUGUUAUAAGAAAUGGCAGCACCCCACGCUUGUUUUUCCUAACUGUGGAAAUGUUCAGUAGUUGUUUUUGCGGAGUUUAGGGUACAUGACUGCAAAAUAUCACCUACAUGGUGGUCUCCAAUGUGUGAAGCCCACCAAGCCGAUUUUACUCAUAAUACUAAGAAAAUUAGUUAGGUUUACUUUUUCAUAUAACAAUAAACCAUGUAAUGUAAAUAAUUU